UGUUGAUAGGUUAAAAUGAUUGGAAAUCUUGAGUCUAGUGGUGUCAAGGAUCAAGGCCUGAUACAGCAAUUAAUGUAGUUCAAGAUCUUCCUCUUUCUCUUCAUGACACAGAAAAUUUAGGAGGAUUAGAAAUAGGGCUGAGUUAUCAAGUCCAAUAAGAAAAAGGGGCCGCCUAAGUAACUUCAUUAUUGACCUGGCCUUGGGGAAGCUGAUUGACUGGGCCUGCCUCCACUAGCGGACCCAUUACGCCGCAGCUUUCCAGACUAAUAUAACAGUUUUCUAGGCACUCCCCUUUUUCCCUCCGCCUAUUUGGCUCUCUCUCUGCAACCAAAUCGAAGAGCUUUCAGCCUCGCACGAUGACCACCAUCAACCUCCGCAAGGGUAACACUCGCCUUCCGCCGGAAGUGAAUCGCGUCCUGUACGUCCGCAACCUCCCUUUCAACAUCUCCAGCGAGGAGAUGUACGACAUUUUCGGUAAAUACGGCGCGAUUCGUCAGAUACGCAUCGGAACGAGCAAAGAAACCCGCGGCACCGCCUUCGUUGUAUACGAGGACAUAUACGACGCCAAAACGGCCGUGGAUCAUCUCUCCGGCUUCAACGUGGCGAAUAGGUAUUUGAUUGUGCUGUAUUACCAGCAGACCAAGAUGAGCAAGAAAUUUGACCUGAAGAAGAAGGAGGAAGAGAUCGCUAAGAUGCAGGAGAAGUACGGAGUUUCUACUAAAGAUAAGUAGAUAGAUUACUGUUCUGUGAAUGAUACUCUAUAAACAGUUUAAUUGUAUGAUUCAAUGUGAUAACUUCUUCUUCUGAUUUAUGAGUUGUGUUAUAUUGAUGGAUGUUGUGUUUGUACCCUGUUGGUAGUCCUGUUCUGCUUCUUCUCAGUUUAGUUAUGAGAGCUAGAAACCCCAUUACACCAUUAGAAAUAAUAUUUCUGCCUUCUCUUGUGCACUCCCUGUCUCAUUUGUCAUAACAUUCUCCUUGAGUCCCUUAAUGCUUGUAGUCUUUCUCUUUCUCUUUCUUCUUCUUCAAUUGAGGCUGCUAUUCUGAUAGAAGCACCCUCUACAUGUGGUUUCUCAUGAGUUGAGAAAAUCGGCAUCUUUAUUUUUA